UUCCUCCCCCUCCUCCCCUCCCCUCUUCCCGCUGUCCCCGGCUGUGGGAGCGAAGGGCAGAGUCCGGCGGGGCGGGAGCUGGGUGUUAUGGGCGGAGGGAGGGAGGGAUGCGCUCCCCGCACCCGGGGUACAGGGGGGUCCCCCCGGCGGAGCAUCCCUGGAAAUCCCUGAUCCCCUCCUGUCCCCUUCUCCUCCCUCCCCGCCAAGGUAGCGGGAAGAGCCCGCGAUGGUGGAGAACUCUCCGGCCCCGCUGCCAGAAAGGGCCAUCUACGGCUUCGCGCUUUUUCUGGGCUCGUGGUUUGGCUUCAUUCUCUACCUCAUCUGGGCUUACAUUCCUGAGACGUGGCUGUUCUCCCUGGGACUGACAUACUGGCCUCAAAAAUACUGGGCAGUUGCUCUGCCAGUUUAUCUCCUGGUGACUGUGGGAAUUGGUUAUAUUUUGCUUUUUGGGAUUAACAUGAUGAGCACAGCUCCACUCAACUCCACUCACACCAUCACAGAUAACUUUGCAAAAAAGCAGCAGCAGAAGAAAUUCCAAGAGGAGGCAAUUCCAGCUCUGAGGGAUAUUCCCAUCAGUGAGGUCAACAGGAUGUUUUUCCUCCCUGAAAAUAGGAUUUGCAACAGCAGAUAGAUGUUAUUAAAAUCUGUUUGAACAAAGGAUUAAUAAAACUUACAGAGGGACAGCUCAAACCUCUCCAAACUAAAAAUAAAAAUUCUUGUAGGUUUUUUACUCCCACAAUUUCUAAUUCAAUUUAUAUGAAAUUAUUAUUAUUAUGCACUUCAAUAACCUGCAUUGCUCUGAGAAUUAGGCCCCAGUAACUUAGCUGGUUAUUCUUUAAAAAUGCAAAAAAAGUGGUUUAAAAGUGUUUGUUACUUGGAGCUUUCUGCUUGGAAUUCCUCUCAGAGAAGGGAAAAAAGCAGCUUUUACACAGAGUUUAAUUCCAUUCCUCUUUGAAUUCAGGGAGAGAAAAUGUGUUUUGGCAGUGAAACAAUUGAGGAUCUUUUUUAAUUAUUAAUUGGAAGUGUUUGCAUUGUAAAUAUAUUAUUUGCCUUUGUAAAUAUUAAUAAAAUGUGGCUGAUUUUUUCCAUGUUCA